UUAAUUACCCUUCGGAAAUAUCCUCUCAACUUAGUAUUCAUUUUUUCUUACCUUUCCGAUAAUAUUUUUACUUUUUUCUUCUCUUUUAAUUUCAGGAAAGCCGGAGAUAGUCGAACAUCCAAGAAGUCAAACUUAUUCUGUUGGUUCCGACUUAGUUUUCAGCUGCACUGCCACUGGUCUUCCCAAGCCAAACAUUACAUGGAUUAAGAACAAUGAUCCAAAUGUUACAAAAACCAAUCCAAGGUUCAAAACCAUUCUUGUUUCAAGUGACACAAAAUACCGCAGCAUGCUCCUGAUAACAGAAGCGACGAAGGAAGAUGCAGGCACAUAUCAAUGCUUUGUAAAUAACAGUGCAGGAGAGAAGACGUCAAAUGUGGCUUUUUUACACUUAAAGGAAGCAAGUACACAUUCAAGACUGCAACAAAGCUCAACCGUUCAGAUUGCGAUAGCAGUUGCUGCAUCUUGUGUUGUAAUAACUGUGAUCAUCAAUGGUGUUUUGGGGCUUUGGUGGUACAUGCGCUGUAAACGUGGUAAAAAGCCAGAAGGACAAACGAAAGUCGUAAGGGUCCAUAUGAGCAACGGCAAAUGCGAAACAGUCUUAUUUGCUCAGGAUGCUGUGGAGGCUCCGUCACUUGGAACCAAGAACGUGGGAAAGAUCGAAGAAAGGUCGCUUCUGUUUUCCAAUGAAUAACGGUUUGGAGGAAAUGAGAUCGUCCAGGCGACUAUUCCUAAUAACACAUACGGAAUUUAGUGCAAUUUGGUUGUUCUAUUUUCCGUUGUUUUUUACCUUUCCUUAUUUGUAUUCGUUUUGUUUGUUUCUCGACUUGAAUGGAUUCCUGUAGAUUCGUUUGCUUGCUGUCCUCAGGUCCACAUGACCCAGAUUGUAAACCUGUGUCAUCUUUUCAAUUAAAAGAUACGAGUAUCUGCAUGUAGGCCUCUGACUCAAAGACUGAUGUAGGUGACAGUGAAAAAACUGAUUCGAGGAAAGAGCUGUUUUAUCAUUCGGAUAUCUCAUUUAAGCAUGCCUUGUCCGUUGUAACUACUCUUUCCGAUAGUCUGACGAAAGAAACAUUCUUCUCGAAUACUUAGUCUCGAUCGAUUGUUGCCACAAGUUGCCGACAAUUCUUUAGAAGCCCAGUCGUAGUCAGGAAGUCAGAUUAGGGGGUUUCAACGAUAUAAAAUCUAGUGGUAAAUUGUAAAAUCUAAACCAGUGUAACCAAACUCGAUUGAAGCGUCAAUUACAUAUCGGUUGGAUCACA